CAGUGACGAUCCUGGCUACGUGCAGGAGUGUGUACCUCUCGUCGCUGGAGGCGCUGACCUCUCCUGCCGGCGUGGUGCCCAUCGUGGAGAAGCUGGCCUCGGAGCGCGCGCCGCUCGUCUACCUCGCCUCAGGCUGCGACACGCCCGUGCAGCGGGACGCGUUUGUCGCCGAACUAAUGCAGCACAUCGCUGUGGACUCCUUGGGCGCCUGUCUCAACAAUCGCCCACUGCCUGUGGAGCUGGCCGACCCCAGCGAGGCCGACCCGGCCGCUUUGGACGCCUUCCUGGCGCCCUACCGGUUCUACCUGUCUCUGGAGAACGCCGUCUGUGACGACUACAUCACGGAGAAGCUGUGGCGUCCGCUGCGGCUCGGCCUGGUGCCCGUCUACCAUGGAGCGCCGAACGUGCGCCGCUGGCUGCCCAACAACGACUCGGCGCUGCUCGUCUCCGAGUUCGAGUCGCCGCGUGCGCUCGCCGCGCACCUGAAGCGACUCGGCGCCGACUCUGAGGCCUACUCGGCGCAUCUCCGCCACAAACGGGGCCAGGUGGACAACGCCGAGCUAAAGAGGACGCUGGCGUCGCGGCCGUGGGCAGCUCUGGACGAUACGCUCAGUGAUGCGCCGAACCUGGUCGAGGCAUUCCAGUGCCGGGCGUGUGAGCUGGCCUGGGAGGCGCGGCGGACUGGAGGGACGGCCUCCAGAACCGCCGACAGUGGUCACUACGGGUGUCCGCGGCCGGCGCCACUGCUGGCGGACGGUGACGCCUCCUGGUGGGCCGAGCAGUGGGAGCGCGCCGCCCUGGAGGCCGCCCAGAUGCGCCGCUUGGUGGUCGAGGGACGCGCUGUCUCCAGAGAGGAUUUCCACAGACGCGUGCUGAGUCGGCUCAGCGCUGGGAGAGACGAGCUGUGAGGUCGUCAGCGGCACAGCGAGAGUGCCGCUGCUGGCCGAGCCGACGGGGGAUGCGUGGUGCUCCUCUCAGAUGUGGGAGCUCGGGCAAGUGACUCUGACUGGUUGUGUUUUCCAGUAUAUGCAGUGAUCCAGAAAAUGACGAGCACGGCACGCUUUUACGUUCAGAGAGCAGAGCCUUGCCGUGCACUGUGGUCGAUGGUGUGGGGCGCUAGUCAGCUUUGGCUGACUUCACGUAUAUCUGUGAUAAAGACUGCUGCCCUCUGGGCUGUCUAAUUCAAUCUGAGCUUCCACGAGGUUCGUUUUCAGGGCACAAUGAUUCAUUCCUUAGUCAGCGUUGGAGGGUACAUAUUUUGUCUGUACUUGUUAUAGUCCUGCUAUGGUCAUACCCGAUAUUUGAAGUGUAUUUACUCGUAUGGUAUACCGUAUAGGUACGAGAUUAACCCGCGCCCCACUGGG